GCGGAUAUUUGGAUGAUGACGAUGAAUUCUCUGGCCGAGAGCCUGCUGGGGCCGCCGGACCCGUCGAAAGCGGCCUUUCUGGACUUCGGGCUCGGGUCCCCGCCUUCUCCUCACCAGCAGCCCCAGCCCUCGCAGCCGCAGCAGCUCCCGGCCAGCUUGGCGCCCCCUUACUCGCUCCAAGCCUUGCACCCACUGCCGCCGCCGCCGCCGCCGCAGCAGCAGCAGCCCCCGCACGACGGUGGCGUCUUUCCUCCGCCCGCCGCCUCCUACGGCAGCAGACCCCUGGCAUAUCCCCCUUACCCCGGGGCGGCCGGUGGCAGCCCUCACGCCUUCUACCACCACCACCAUCACGGCACCUCCUACUCGCCUUACCAGCAGACCUCCAGCGCCCUGGGCCUUGGGACGAGGCUGGAGGAGACGGAACUUGAGAAAUCAACUAUCAUAGAGAAUGGUGAAAUCCGCAUCAAUGGGAAAGGGAAGAAAAUCCGGAAACCACGCACCAUUUACUCUAGCCUUCAGCUCCAGGCCCUCAACCAGCGCUUCCAACAAACCCAGUAUCUGGCGUUACCUGAGCGGGCAGAAUUAGCAGCACAGCUGGGCUUGACCCAAACACAGGUCAAGAUCUGGUUCCAGAACAAACGUUCCAAAUUCAAAAAGAUUAUGAAGCAGGGCUCCAGCAUCCAAGAAGAUAAUUUACAUAGCUCCUCAUCUUUGUCCCCAUGUUCACCCAACAUACCUCCACUCUGGGACAUCCCCAUGGCAUGCAAAGGACCUCCUCUGCCUCCUAACAGCUACAUCAACAGCUUUGGACCUUGGUACCAGCAGCCACAACACCAAGAUACCAUGGGAAGGCCUCCAGUGAUGUGACAAAGACAGAACUUGGAAUGUCAGCCCAUCUCAUGUGCCUUUUUCUGCAAACCCCUGACCAGUGUUCCUGGUGUAGGGAAGUGGGACAAGGGUGGAAUAGAUGGCUUCUUUGAAGGAAUUUCCAGACCUUCUCUCUUGGCAGGAAGCCCCCUAGCAGGAGAUGACUGCAAAUAUAGACUUCCCUCCUCUGAUCCAGGACCAUAUCUAACAAUGGUGACAGAAUGGGUGAAGCAGAGAUUGGGAAAGAGUCCCAGCCCCCCUUGAUUGCAAGUCAGGAGCCCCUUUUUGAGAAGAACCUCUUCAGUGGAGAUUUAUAAAAACAGUGUCUGUGUUUUGGUUCCAAAGAUAGGCUCAUGAAUAACAUGGCCCUACACAGGAUAUAGCUGUAUUAGGAAGAUUUUUGUUGCCAUGAGUUUUGUUUGCUUCUGGCAAGAUUUCUGUGCCUUAAACAGUUUUGAUAACAGAUAUCAAUGAAACUGGUGUAUGUUUUUUUCCUAAUGUAGAGCUUCAGGCAGUGAUGAAAAGGCUUCAUCUGUUGUAUUUCUGUCUGUCAUGCAGCGGGCUAAAGGCAUAGGAGCAUUUUUUUUUCUGUUUUUUAUGGCAACCUUAGUGUAGCAAGAUUUUUGCUGCACAGAAUUCUAUUUCAGACAGGUAUUAGAGAAAUGGACUGCUGAACUGAGUAGAAAUUCAAAAAAGAAAGCCUAUGCAAGGGACAAGGAGCCUAAAUUUUUCCUGUGGCCAUUGGACUCCAUCUCCUAUCAGCAUGGCUGAUGAUCAAGGAGGAUGGGAUUUGAAGUCCAACAGUUUUUGGUACAGGUCCAUACCCUCUUGAACAUUGGCCUAACAUCAUGAUUUGGGAAGUAAAAUAUUGGUUACUCUGGAGAUACCAAUUGCAUUUCUUCUCAUGGGAUUAAACUGUCAAGAAGUAUAACCCAUCAAAAUGUGUUCAAUAUUUUCCUACCUACAAAAUAAAUUACAGUUGUAGGUAGUGAAUGGCUAAAAAGAGCCCCGUCUUACAAAUAUAAGUAAGUAGGUUUUUAAAAUACUCAAACCCCACAAAGCCAAUUUUUUAAAGACUGAGUUUAAGAAGCCCAGAAUUGUGUUUACAGUUAAUGAAAAGUUUGUGGAAUGUAAUCCCUGUAGUCCCCUGAUUUUGUUUUGGAAAAAAUCAUUCAUAUGUGUUUCAACCACUAAAUGAAGUCCUCCCCCCUUGAAUAACUUUACCUGAACAAUUUUAAUUUUAAUUUAACUCCCCACCCCCAUGCUUUGCCAAGCAGAAUGACAAAU